GUGUGUGUGUGUGUGUGUGUACACGUACGUAUGUGUUUAGUAAUAAAUUUAGAAGGGAGGGGGGCGACCGGUGUGUCUGUGUGUUUAAAAUAAACUUAGAAUAGAGGGGGCAACGCGGGUGGGCUUCCGGACUGCGAAAUUGGAACACUGUGCAGCUAUUGCUGGCACGACUCAGGCCUCUGUUCCAGGAGAGUGCUCUCAGUGGCCUCGGGAAGGAGUUUGACUGAGAUUGGGAAUUCCAUCCCUGGCACAGUUUUGGAAGCAGGAGGGGAGGUGAGGGUGAAGAGAAAGGAGCAAAGAAUGCAUGUGGAAAAUGCCAGCAUCUAGGUCUGGAAUGGAUUUAGUUCAUUCAGGGAGAGCUGGACGAUGAAAACACUGAACACUUUAAGAAGCUUGGGGGAUGUAGGAGAUUAGUGUGUGGUAAUAACAAGACCAGGAGAUGGGAAGAGGAUGUUCUUUUCUGUAGGUCUUAGAAGUCUACAUGCACUGUUAGUGCUUUUGAUAUUUUAAUGAUAGAGCAGAGUAAAGGAAACUAAUCUAGGUUAACACUGAAAUCAGCCUUCUGGCCAUGCUGGUUCUAUGGCCAGUUUCUUCUCAUGAAUCCCAGCAGAAGACAGAAAGGCCACUCCUCACAGUGGAUGACUUCUCUUUCAUGAGCAAGAGAUGGGAUAGAACCUGGGAUCUGCCCAACACCAGGCUCUGGUCUUAAUAAACCAGCUGAAUGAAGGAAUGUAACAAACCUGUGGGAGGGACAGUGAACCCUGCAGUGGGGGGGGAGGGGCCUGGACAUACCCCUUCCCCCCCAGGCUCCGCCCCUUCAGAGUCCACUCAGCCAUGGACUUUGGACCUGGAUAACAGAAGAGAAGCUGCACUUUUGUUUUCGGUGUAUCUGGUUUGGGAUUCAAAGUUUUUGAAAUGGAGUACUAGAAGAGAGUUUGAUGACCUCCAGGGGAGCAGCUGAGAGAAGAGAAGAAAGGUGCAUGGCUGCUUCCUCUGAAUCCCGAGGCCCAGAAAAAGCAUCCCUAGAGCUGUGGAAGUGAACUAGGCAAGCCAAGGGCAGCCUUGAGCCCCACCCUUGCCUGCCACCCCCUCGGGGGCCAGGAUGCUGAAGAAGCAGUCUGCAGGGCUUGUGCUGUGGGGCGCCAUCCUCUUUGUGGCCUGGAAUGCCCUGCUGCUGCUUUUCUUCUGGACACGCCCAGCGCCUGGCAGGCUGCCUUCUGACAGUUCUCUGGAUGAUGACCCCGCCAGCCUCACCCGGGAGGUGAUCCGCCUGGCCGAGGAUGCGCAGGUGGAGUUGGAGCGGCAGAGGGGGCUGCUGCAGCAGAUCAGGGAGCAUCAUGUUCGGUGGAGCCAGAGGUGGAGGGUGCCCACUGCUGCCCCACCCGUCCCACCACGUGUGCCUGUAUCCUCACCACCAGCCGUGAUCCCUAUCUUGGUCAUUGCCUGUGACCGUAGCACUGUCCGGCGCUGCCUGGACAAGCUGCUGCAUUACCGGCCCUCAGCUGAGCACUUCCCCAUAAUUGUCAGCCAGGACUGCGGGCACGAGGAGACAGCCCAGGUCAUAGCCUCCUAUGGCAGUGCUGUCACACAUAUCCGGCAGCCCGACCUGAGCAACAUUGCUGUGCCCCCUGACCACCGCAAGUUCCAGGGCUACUACAAGAUUGCACGGCACUACCGCUGGGCACUGGGACAGGUCUUCCAUAGGUUCAAGUUCCCAGCGGCUGUGGUGGUGGAGGAUGACCUGGAGGUGGCACCGGACUUCUUCGAGUACUUCCAGGCCACCUACCCGCUGCUGAGGGCUGACCCCUCCCUCUGGUGUGUGUCUGCCUGGAAUGACAAUGGCAAGGAACAGAUGGUGGACUCGAGCAAGCCAGAGCUGCUCUACCGCACAGACUUCUUUCCUGGCCUGGGCUGGCUGCUCUUGGCUGAGCUCUGGGCUGAGCUGGAGCCUAAGUGGCCCAGGGCCUUCUGGGACGACUGGAUGCGCAGGCCUGAGCAGCGGCAGGGCCGGGCCUGCGUGCGACCUGAAAUCUCCAGAACGAUGACCUUUGGCCGCAAGGGUGUGAGCCACGGACAGUUCUUUGACCAGCACCUCAAGUUCAUCAAGCUGAACCAGCACUUCGUGCCCUUCACCCAGCUGGACCUGUCAUAUCUGCGGCAGGAGACCUAUGACCGAGAUUUCCUUGCCCGUGUCUAUGGGGCUCCCCUGCUGCAGGUGGAGAAAGUGAGGACCAGUGAGCAGAAUGAACUGGGGGAGGUGCGGGUGCAGUACACGGGCAGGGACAGCUUCAAGGCCUUUGCCAAGGCCCUGGGCGUCAUGGAUGACCUCAAGUCUGGUGUCCCUAGGGCUGGCUACCGGGGCAUCGUCAGCUUCCUGUUCCGGGGCCGCCGUGUCCACUUGGCCCCUCCACAGACCUGGGAUGGCUAUGAUCCUAGCUGGAAUUAGUGGUGCCUGCCUGUCCCUCCUGGGCUCCUUCCUUCCCAUAUCAUGGGUUGAGAUGGGACUGUGUCCUUGGACUCCAUUGCCCUCUCUGUGUAUCUCUCUUGGGUACAUUUAUCUUUUUUUUUUUCUUCUUUCUUUUUUUGAAUUGCAUUCAAGAGCACAGGAUAAGAUGAGGGUUUUCUCCCAUUCUCAAGAAGGUUAAAUCAGGGGAAAUUUCCUGGGGUAUGUUGGGCGUAUUAAGCAAGAAACCACUGUGUGGUAGGGAAACACUUGGGCGUGUUGGAGACAGACUUCCAUGUUCCAGGUUUUCUCCUAGAGCAUCUGCAGAGAGGUCAGCAACUUCAGCUCUCUUGACCAGCUCUCUUUCCCCUGUCCCGGGUCUUCCAGCCAGGGUGUGAGCUCACCUCCUAUACCUGCUCCCCACCCCUACUGUCCCCCAAUUUGAGGGGUUGCUGGGUUAUUUGAAAAGGGGACUUAUCUGUGGCCAAAGUGAGACUAACCAAAGGGGUUUCAUCAUCAAAGUCUGGAUGGAGCUGUUAGGCUUUCAGGGUUUACUGCCACCUGUUCAUACUUCUCUUCUACCCUUCUUCUUAUCCCUGACCUCCUCUCUGCUCUUCUCUCCUUGCAGCUUAGCAGUUUGUGAUUCUAAUUUGAGAACAUGAAAGGAGAAAGCAAGACUUCUCAGUUCAUCUGCAGAAGUUGGGGUAAAGGUGGUAGGGGAAGCCUUGGUGUGCUGGGACAUACCUCCCUCAUCUUGCCUCAAAGAAACAGACUCUGGUCCUGGUCCUGGUCUUUUUAAAAAUUGAUCCCUUGUUGCUCUAGGAGGUUUCAUGCCGGCUUUGUGGAAGAGACAUUAGGUCCUUGUGUCCUUUCCCCCUUGGGUUUGGUGCACAGGCUCCUCCCUAAAGGUGGUGGCUUCUGGUGGCCUUCCCAGGGUGAGGUAGAACAGCCAAAACAGAUGGCUCCUGCUUCCUCCCCCGUCCCCGGAGCAUUCCCUUGUCUGAUCAGAUUAGGAUGAGGAUGGCAGGUUGGAGAGCAAUGUGUGUGUUUUUGCCUCUGGCCUGACCUCAGUUCUUGGAAGAAAGUUGAAGCUACAGAAUUAUUUUCAAAAAUAAAGGCUGAAUUGUCCAAAAAAA